GCAUCUUCCGGGUGUCGGGUGCCCAGCUCCGGGUCUCAGAGAUCCGUGAUGCCUUCGAGAGAGGGGAGGACCCACUGGUGGAGGGCUGCACUGCCCACGAUCUGGACUCGGUGGCCGGGGUGCUGAAGCUCUACUUCCGGAGCCUGGAGCCCCCACUCUUCCCCCCAGACCUGUUCAGCGAGCUGCUGGCUUCUUCGGAGCUGGAGGCCACGGCAGAGAGGGUGGAGCACGUGAGCCGCCUGCUAUGGCGGCUGCCCGCGCCAGUGCUGGUGGUUCUGCGCUACCUCUUCACCUUCCUCAACCACCUGGCCCAGUACAGCGAUGAGAACAUGAUGGACCCCUACAACCUGGCCGUGUGCUUUGGGCCCACGCUGCUACCGGUGCCCGCUGGGCAGGACCCGGUGGCGCUGCAGGGCCGGGUGAACCAGUUGGUGCAGACACUCAUACUGCAGCCAGAUCGGGUCUUCCCGCCCCUGACCUCGCUGCCUGGCCCCGUCUACGAGAAGUGCAUGGCACCGCCUUCCGCCGGCUGCCUGGGGGACGCCCAGCUGGAGAGCCUGGGGGCGGACAACGAGCCGGAGCUGGAAGCUGAGAUGCUUGCCCAGGAGGAUGACCUGGAGGGGGUCAUGGAGGCUGUGGCCUGCUUUGCCUACACGGGCCGAACGGCCCAGGAGCUGAGCUUCCGGCGGGGGGAUGUACUGCGGCUGCACGAGAGGGCCUCGAGCGACUGGUGGCGGGGGGAGCACAACGGCGUGCGGGGCCUAAUCCCCCACAAGUAUAUCACACUGCCUGAGGGGGCAGAGAAGCAGGUGGUGGGCGCAGGGCCGCAGGCUGCAGGGGAGUCUGGGAGCAGUCCCGAGGGCCUCCUGGCAUCAGAGCUGGUUCACCGGCCAGAGCCAUGCAUCUCACCCGAGGCCGUGGGACUCUCUGGACACAGACGACGCUGCUUGGUCCCAGCCUCCCCGGAGCAACACGUGGAGGUGGAUAAGGCUGUGGCACAGAACAUGGACUCUGUGUUUAAGGAGCUCUUGGGAAAGACCUCUGUCCGCCAGGGCCUCGGGCCAGCAUCUGCCACCUCUCCCAGCCCUGGGCCCCGAAGCCCAAAGGCACCAGCCAGCAGCCGCCUGGGCAGGAACAAAGGCUUCUCCCGGGGCCCUGGGGCCCCAGCCUCACCGUCAGCCUCCCACCCCCAGGGCCUGGACACGACCCCCAAGCCACACUGAGGUGCUGCUGCUGGAGCUGUGUGCCCCAGGCGGCUACCCCCUGGACUGGCCACUCUCCCCAGCCCUCUUGCUUCUCUCCAACCCUGUCGAGCAAGUUCAGGGUGCCUGUGCAGAGGUGGGAUGGGGCCGCACACGCAGGGAUGCCCACUCCACACCCUGCCUGCCUCUCAGCCCUGGCCCAGGCCCCUUUUGGAGGCUGGGGAAAGCCCUCUUCUGUGACUUUGUGGAGGGCUGGUCAGUGGCUGCUGGGUGGCAGGUACCCUUGCUCAGAUGCCUGGCAGGGCUGGGGGGUGAUUCAUAAAGACCUCGCGUUGAUUCCCUGA